AUGCUGAGAGCAUUAAACCAAACGGAGAUGCCACUACGCGCAUUCUCACCUGCCAAAAUAUCAGCAGUUACGGACAAGAUGUCACGUUUAGAUGUGGUAAUAUUCGGUGCGACGGGGUUCACAGGAAAACGGACUGUUAUUCAUAUGGUGAACUUUGCAAAGAAGUAUCAAAUUGGCUCGUGGGGGAUCGCGGGACGAUCAGAAAAUAAACUUAAUGAUGUAAUCAAAGAAGCUUCUCAGAAAACUGCCGCAGAUCUGAGUGCUGUGAAGAUUAUAACAGCUGAUGUAGGCGAUGAAAAAUCUCUUAAGGACAUGUGCGUCCAGGCAAAGGUGUUGGUUAAUUGCUGUGGCCCAUAUCGAAUGUACGGGGAACCAGUCGUGAAGGCCGCCAUUGAUAGUAAAACGCACUAUGUUGAUGUUAGUGGUGAACCACAGUUCAUGGAGCUCAUGCAGUUGCGUUACGACGAGGCGGCGCGCGAGGCGGGCGUGUUCGUCAUCAGCGCGUGCGGCUGGGACAGCAUCCCCAACGAUAUGGGUGUCGUGUUCCUACAGCAGAACUUUGCAGGAACAUUAAAUUCAGUACGAUCAUACCUCCGCACGUACGUACCACCAGAGGUCAUGGCGAAGGCUGAGGGACGUGGACUCGUUAAUUAUGGCACCUGGGAGUCACUGGUCUACAGUGUUCACCACAGCAAUGAGCUGCGCCCACUGCGGAAACAAUUGUACCCCGAGGCCCUACCUCACUUCAAACCAAAGCUGACUAGGGCAUUGGUCCACAAGAAAGACGGUGAAGACUAUUACCUCCCAUUCCUGGGAGCAGACGAGUCCGUGAUCUACCGCUCACAGCGCUACAUGUACCAAUGGGAACAAAAGCGCCCCGUACAAUUCAAAGCUUACUUCAACUCCGGCAACUUCUUCCAAACGGGCCUGGCCAUCAUCGCAGCCAUGGUCUUUUUCGUGAUGGCCAAGAUCACAUUCACUAAGAACCUUCUUCUGAAAUAUCCUAAGUUUUUCUCGAUGGGAUACGUGACUAAGGAUGGUCCGACUGACAUUGUUAUGGAAAAUUCUUUCUUCAGUUUUGAUCUGAUCGGCGAGGGGUGGGACGUGGGAACUGAGGCUGAGGGCAAGCCCAAUAAGAAGGUUGUGGCUAAGGUGCGCGGCACCAACCCCGGCUACGGAGCCACGUGCGUGGCGCUGCUGUCCGCGGCCGUCACCCUCCUCACAGAGAGAGAGAAGAUGCCCCUCCCUGGCGGUAUCCUGACCACGGCAGCUGCGUUCAAGAACACGGACAUCAUCAAGAAAUUAAACGAAAAUGAUCUCACUUACAAGAUCACAGAGACCACCAAAAUAUAA